UAAUAUCCCAUUAUAGGUUUCAUAAUAGAUACUCUUUUCUUGCUCGGAGUAACUCAAUAUCCAUUAAUCAAACUGCAAUGUUCAGUUUUAGGCGAGAAGCUAUACUAUACGUUACGUCAGAAAAUGUAAGGUAGAAUCCCUUCUGUUUUUCUACAGAAGCUCAGCUUAGCGUCUGUUAUAUUAUGAUAAUUGAAGCAGGUGACUUUGAAAUGCAAAUCUCGUCUGAGAAAAUCUCGAAAAAAUAUUUUGCAUAAUUUUGAAAAGAGAAAGAGAGAAUUCACGAUUCAGAGAGUUGACAUUGAGCAAUUGACGCGUAACUAUAGGAAAUAACAACAGGUUGCUAAAAACUGAUCUCGUAGUCACAAUCCAGUAAAAGGAAGUUUACUUCCAAAUUUGCAUAGUCGAAUAUACAAAAAAAAUUUAUAUGUAAAAUCUUACACUCAAAUUAUGAAAUUAUUAUCUCAUUAUUCGUGUGAUUAUCUAUAAUAUUUUUUUUCAUAUUUUAAUUUCUUUCCGCGAUAAGGAAUCUAGUCAUUUGGCCAAAAUUUAUUGGACUACAUAAUUUUUUUUUAUAAAAUAAUUAUGUAUUUGUUUUAAAUAUUACUAUAAUUGUGAAUAUAAAUUUUCAAAAAUGGUUUAAUUAAUAAGAUAUAAUGCAUUGAAAUAAUUGCGACACGCGACGAAAGACAAACUCAAAGGUUUCUUGAAUGCCAAAGACUUUACUUUUGAUGUAAUGUAUUGUCGUUCUUGUGACAUUUUUUAACAUUUUCCUCAAAUGCUAAUUUACAUAAUUGACCAUUGCAAUUCUUUCCGCGCUUUUAAGCACACGUACGUCGAAGAGCUUUAUUUAUACACCAUACAAUACACCUAUUGACCCCAUAUACCGCGUUAUUAUAUCUACUCGAUCAUCGCGAUAUAAAUAUUUUGACAUUAAUCUUUAACAUUUUCCAUUAAAAAUCCGUAUCUAUUAACGUUGAUUAAAGCAGCAUAUUGCGUAGAAAAGUUAUUGCACCGCAAAACUUGGGGCGGUUUUGUUAGUAGUAUUAUUAUCCUUUUAUUAUACUUUAUCUUUUACAUUAAUAUCAACUACCAACCACAUUAUUUCGUAUUACUAAUGAUUUAUUAAUGUUCUCAUAAACUAUGAAUAAUGCCAAAAAAUUGUAGAUAAUGCCAAAAAAUUUUUAAUUAAAUAGAAAUAAAUCAUAUAUAGAGAAAGAUACGUAUUUUUUACAUCUUUUUUAUAUCUAAGAAAAAUUGCUAAGCUAAUUUUAUUAAUUUAAUAGAUCUGAUAUAAAAGUUUCCUUCUCUCUUUCCUCGUAUUUCUUAACUUCUUUCUACGCUGGGAAAGAAACAGCCUGAUAAGGAAAAAGAGAGAGUAGAGGUUCUCUAUAUAUCUGGAGGUUUUUAUGCUGUUAAUUUUACGAGAGAAAUGCAUUUCUGGCUUUUAUCAAUAAAUUUCAAGCGACCGCACCCUGAAUCGAUUUUGAAGUUUUGGCACGGUAACCUUUUGCGAAGUCAUCGAUUUUUAUGCGAGCAAUAUUCACUCGUCUUAUCCCGGGCUAUUUUUACAAUCUUCUUCGCGGGAGUGACCCCGAAAUCUAGAUCUAAGAUGCAGCUUCAGCUUUUGUCCUUACUUAAUAGUGAUUAAUAGCGCGUAUGCACGCCACUAUCAAAUGGGGGAGAGCGGGUUUAUCCUUAGGAUCGCGAGGAACUUGAAAGCACUUGAAGAGAGGCCGGCAUAUAUAUUAUCAGAUUUCUCCGCCCUUACCCCUCGUCCGAGUCCAUUUUUAUUCGUAAUGUCUUUCUUCCACAUGGGACUUAUGCCAAGCCGAGAAAUCGCGCUCCAUUACCGAUGUAAAUAACAAAUACCACAAAACGUGCAGGGAUCGAGAGAAAAAAGUAAAGUGAGACGCGCGGCGGAUCGAUAAAGAAAAACGCACGAUGGUGACGGGAAACGUGACGACGAUGAUGAUGGUGUGACCUCACGGGACACUGGAUAUAGAAGGAAUAGGAAGCGCGGGAAAAGGAGCCGCCGCUCGCCGUCUUGUUGGAUUCUCGACAAUUUAGGCGGCGGCAGGAUCAAAGGUCAUGGCGACGCCACCGGACUCGCCAGGCCCGGAAGAGGCGUUCUUCGAGUUCGAGAGCACGAGAGCGAGGCAUCAGACCACCAGGCCGGUGCCUAUCGAGGAGCUUCUACGACAGACCAAGUUCUCCCGCCAGGAGAUCCGAGUCAUGUAUCGCGGCUUCAAGCAGGAGUGUCCCGAGGGAGUGGUGCACGAGGACUCGUUCAAGGACAUUUACGCGAAAUUCUUCCCGCACGGCAACUCCAGUCUCUACGCCCACUACGUGUUCAAGGCCUUCGACGUUAAUUGCAACGGGGCCAUCAGCUUCAGGGAUCUCCUCGUGACACUGUCGACCUUGCUGCGGGGCAGCAUUUAUGAAAAACUGAGAUGGACCUUCAAACUGUACGAUAUAAAUGGCGACGGCUGUAUCACCAGGAGCGAGUUGGGCGAAGUCGUGACGGCGGUCCACGAGCUCAUGGGUAAGCGACAUCAAGCCGAGGAGGAGAGGAAGGCGAGGGAACAGCUGGACAGGGUCUUCAAGAAACUCGAUCUCAACCAGGACGGUGUUAUCACGAUCGAGGAGUUUAUCGAAAGUUGUUUGAAGGACGACGUGAUCACACGAUCGCUGGCGAUGUUCGAUUGCGCGCUUUGAUCUCCGGCUAAGGACGAGCCUCCAGCAACAACGGUUAGCAACACGACACCGCCGACGCCGCUCUCGACGACAACGUUCUCGCAAUCCCUGUCCCCGUCGCCACCACCGCCGUCCUAUUCCCUGCUGCCGCCUAUCCCGCCGCCCUUGCCCUCUCAACCGCCACCCGGGUACACUGUCCAGGAUCAGGAGCUCUAUCUACUCCUAGCUGCUCACUGGUGGAACCAACCGGAGGCGCCGCUCUUUUGUUGAAGGGCAACGCGAUAGCACGGCUCCUUAUGACAUAAAAUAGCAAUCGAGGUCUAAGUCUGUGGAAUCGGAGAAUGGACAUAUUGUUGUCCCUUCGUUCUAUAAAACGUCACAGUAUAAGAAUACGAAGCAAAAUGUUAUCCUCAUCCUCGCAGAUCGGAAGCUUAGUGAAGGCUCAAGAAAGCCGCUUCGAAGACAGCACGCGAAAUAUCACAAGACCAUCGCCGCUUUACCAUCAAGACAAUCUUGCGGAGAAAUGCGACUAUUCUGCGACGACGAGAUCCCGGAUAUUUCGGCAAUCGACACUUGGCGUCAAUUUCUGGCAAGAAUCAAGCGGAGUUACGUAAUCUACGGAAUUAUCUUCGAUCUCUAAGGUCAUACAACUGACAUUAAUAAACGAGAUAAGUACCUGGACUCUCUUCCAUUGCGAUCUCAUAAUUAGAUACGAAGAAUGGCGUUUAAAAAGGAUAAUCUCGAAAAUAGUAAAAUAAUAAAAUGAUAUCGCGCGAAAGCUCAAACAAGAUACGCGCGUAUUCCUUUCUAUGACUCGCUGCGAACAGAUUCUGCGAUCGAAAAAUCUGUUAUCGCGGAUCUGUACCAAAUCAUAAUGUUGUGGACGACGGCGAUAAAAACGGCGGUAAAGUGCAAUGCGUGAUUGUCGGAAAUGCGGCACGGAAACGAUCAUAAAUCGCUACAAAUGUCAAAAAGAUAUUUGUAGAACAUUGUCGGAAAAAUGUCGCAUUCAAUGUCUUGAAUAACAUUUGAGUUAUCUGCACAAUUCUGCUCGUACAAUAGGUGUUAAACACGAAGAUUAACGAAUCGAUUGCGUGACUUUGUGUUGCUGGAAACAACGCAUCCUCGUGAUCAUGCGAUUCAAUCUUAAAUACGCGUCUCCUCUCGUUUCGUACUUAAAUAUAUUUUCUCCCAAUAAUGCUUCACGCGAUCGUGGUAUAAAAAAUCUCCCGUAUCGAGAGAUUAACGUGAAUCCCAUGGGUUGGUAGGUUGCUUUAAGUUAAAAAAAAUUUAUUUGUAAAUAAAUUUUAUAUACAAAUUAUCUUUUUUGGCGAAUUCAUUUCAUUAAUUUUAGGACUCUGUAUAAUGUAAUAUGUGCAAAUUGAUUUUUAGCGUUUAUUAUUUUGUUCCAACUUCCUGUGUAAUUGGUGAAUAUCCGCCAAUUUCUUUAUAUUCUCCCCAAUUUUGUAACCAUUCAUCAUGAUCGCGUGGUCGCAGCGAUUAUGUAUCGUGAAUAGUAACUGCGAGGCACGGCACAUUGAUUAUAGUUAGACGUGAUGACGCGUCGAUUUUCCUCGACUAGAUCGUUAGCCGCACGAUCGUUGAUCAUAAAUAUCACACGUACGUAUUUUUCGUUAGUAGGUUCGUAGGUUGAUACUUCAUUAUACGUCCUUUUCUAGAUCCGAUUGUUUCUGACGGGCCACGCGCAAGCGUUCAAUAUUUAUUAUUGACGAAUUUUUCGUCAAUAAUAAUUCUAUUUAGUUAUUAUAAAAUAACGCAAAUUUAUAUCGCGAUCGAUAUAUAUUUUUAUUUAUUAAUAGAAAUUAUUAAUACAAUCUUGCUUUUUGUACACUUGGCCUUUACAUCCCGACUUGUCGCGGUAAAAUAUUACCACAAUAUUAAAUAAGAUUUUUUAUCAAAGUGUACAUCUUUGAUUUUAUCAAUUUUUCUCUCGUUACUUUUCUUGCGAUAAUAGUAAAUGCGAUGUUUAUCGCAUUCAAUCAUAUCGUCGGUACUGAAACACUGACAAGAGAUAUUGAUCGCUUGCGGGCUCCUUAUAAGCGUCCAUAGUGUGUAUCAUGUUGUAGGUGUACGUGCGUGAGAAGCAUCGAUUUUCUAAUAUAUCUGUUAUUGCGAGUCGUAGGCGUGCGGGCGUGCGAGCAUAUGUCAGACUAGCGAGUAGCAGCCCGAGUGGCGAUUAUUAAUUAUCAAAAUCGAUUACAAUGAAACACCAAAAGAGCUACUACUGUAGUUAGCUGUUAUUUAAGUAAACACAUAUAAUAAUAUAGUGCGGUUUAUAUAGUUAAGAUAAAUUCGCGAUUAAAAGAGGAAGAUAAAAGAGAAAAAGAAAAAACACGCAAGUCGUCGAAUAAUUGACGUUUAUGAUCGUACAACUUUGGGAAAAUUGCAUUAUUUUCCAGGAAACACUGUCAAUACGCUCUAUACAACACACAUAUACGCAAUCACAUGUACCUUUUUCAAGUAAAUCCUACGUCCCCGUUGUUUCGCAUCGGGCAGAUACGAAUCGUCGUUGAUCGUCGUUGCAAUUUAAUCGGUCGUGAUUCACCGAGCUCGCGCGCGUCAAGUGUAAUCACUCAAGUCUGCUCUCGAGGAGAUCUCGUUACUGAGCAAAGAGGCGAACACCUUUGGCCGCAAACUAGCUUUCACCUUUCACGGGAGUCAAGAAUACGCGAGCGUUGCUAAGCUACAUCUGGCGCGUCUCUAUAACAACGAUUAAUAACGACGAAAUCGCGAUUUUCAAACGAGCGCAGAAUAACGUUACUAGAUUGAGUUUAUGAUGAAUCCAUAUAAGACAGAGAUUCGCGUACAAUAGGAUAAGUCGCCGGAAACAGAACAUUUUAAUAUCUCUCUUGAAGAUUUAAAGACACGAGAAGAUUUUUGUAAAACACCAUUCAAACGGUUCCCUAAGAAGACUGUUUCUUUUCUUUUUUUCUCUUUAGGAUCUCUUGCGAUUCUCUUUAUACACGAUUCUCCUAUAUACUUUUACAUAUAUCACAUACCGCAUCUCGAGUCUGCGAUCGUAUUCAGCGGAGGCUAAAAAAAUCUACGAUCAUAAAAUGUUAAAAAACUAAACUUGGAAUAAAGAUAUACGUACAAUGCCGGCCAUUAAUUUGUAAACGCUUACAGACAGAUUGCGAAACGGGCGAUCUACACGACUAGCGAUCUUCCAAUCAGGAACGCGCAAUGUUUAUCUAUCAGAAAAGAAUUACUUAAUAAACAAAAUAAAUCAAGUAGAAUGCUUUUAUAUCGGAAGUUUGAUACUCUGUGAGCAUUGUCACAUUAAUGACCGCUACAUAAACUCGAAUGAUACGAUUAAUUGAAUUGAAAUCUAUUAGCAAUUAAUUUAACGCUAUAUCAAUGCACGCGAUCAACAACAGUGCAAAACUGCUGCAAUUAAUGCCAGGAUAACUGGUCGAGCACCGACAGAAGAUUUUUACAUUUCUUAGGAUACACGAAUGUAUAUCGUAUCUUCGAAUUUAGAAUGAUCGAUGUAAUCUUGUUGGUAAUGCCCAGACAUCAAUGCGAAAAUGAUCGAAUGAGAGAUGACAGGAUCGCGUUGUUCAUUCCAUUUCGAAGAUAGCGAUAUAUAUAUUUAUUAUAUAUAUCUUCCUAUGGUCUCUCGUUAAUGUGAAUUUAUACAUAUAUUGCGUUAGCGCCACGAAGAUAUGUAUAAUCAAAGACAUUUUUCGGAAAUACCUACACUUAUGUCAAAUCUGCCAGCACGUUAAUCAAUUGUGCGCUAUAAAAUGUUACGUAACUUGAGAACCUUGGUAAAACUACAAACUGCAUUUUGAAACUUUGAGCCGAACUUUUCGAGCGGACUUUUGCUAUUAUUCGCACACUAUUCCAAACCUAAUUGAAUCGCGCGAGCAUAAACAUCGGGAUAAGUUGACACUUCCCUUUGCUUUUGUACGUAUUUCAAUGUGAAAGAAUAUAAUAUCCUGUACGCGCAUAAAUUGUACAAACACGGAAUACCGUAUAUUUUUUAUAAAGUUUUGUUAUCUUUCGCGCGCGAGGCACGAAGCGAUAUUCGAGCUCUCUGAAAGCAUUUCUAUUGCGCAUCUAUUGCGUGUGAUAAUCAGUAACUUUUGAGAUCUGAU